AUGUCGCUUCCCCCUGAGUGGGCAGAAUUGACGGAAGAAUACACAAGGUGGAACCUCAAGUUUGCUGCGAGAACGACCAACUCCCUAAACGUGACGUCCGAGCUAUCAGACAUUGCAGAGUUGGACUACUUCAACCACCACAAGCACACAUCAGAGGCUCCAGUUCCUACAAGGCACACGGCACCUGAAGGCGGAAACACAGCCGAAUACAAUGAUGCGGUGCAUAAAUCCAUGACAGAAGACUCUGGCGACGACGAAAAGUCCCCAUCAAAUGCACCAAGAUGGGAGCCCACACGAGACCCGGAAGCUACGAAAGGCGGGACACUCGCAGCGACCCUGUGGUUUUUCUGUUUGGCGAGCGCCAUCGCUACGGACAUCGACGAGAGGGAUGGCGGCUAUAUCAAUAUUUUGGUAUCAAUCGAGCCGGAGGUCCCACCGGACGAAAACAUUAUCCGCAACCUAAAGGCCCUCCUGGAAUCAUCAUCACUGUUCCUACACAGAGCAACAAACGGUCGAGUAUACUUCAAGUCAUUCGUCAUCGAGGUACCAAAAUAUUGGCCAAAAAGAAAAGUGGAUCGUCACCUAGGGGCAACGCAGUUCCUAAACAGCGAUGUGCGAAUCGUGAAUUCCAAGAGUUGCGGAUUCCAGGAGCCUUGCACGGUGACGUCACAAGGCUGCCAAGGAAAGGGAGAUUACGUAUUCAUUCCAGCGGAAUAUCUCCAGCACCUGGGGCCCUUAACGGCGGAAACAAAUGAAAGUGCUGCGUAUACCUUCGUGCACGAGUGGGCGCACCUAAGGUAUGGUGUUUUUGACGAAUACGGUACCAGGGGAGACGAUUCCUUUCCAGAGACCUACUGCGUCGAUGGCGAGGUUAGGCUGAGUGCGUGUUCACAAAAUAUAUCUUUUACCGCCAAACUAAAGAACGGCUCAUCUUGCCCGACUGAUGAAAAAUGCCGCUUCGGAAAAGACUGCAUAGUCACACACCAUAUUCGCCCUGAAAAGCCUACAGAAAGCUCCAUUAUGUUCAUGCCGUAUGUGAAAAACGUACGAACUUUUGUGUUUACUUUGGGUGUGAUGCGUUGUCCUAAAACAAAAACAAAAAAAAUAUCACCGACGAUUACGAUACUCCCUAUGGACAAUAGAGAGUUUUAGCAGAGCGUUUACGGUCCGCUCCGCUCAGACCGGCCUUUCACAACAACUGGCACGCAGCC